AUGUUGGAACUCAAUGUGAAACAGAGCGGAAUAAGUAAAAGAGUGCUGAAUGUAUUGUACAGGAAAACGAAAAGUGGCAAAGUUGUGAAGAGAGUACAUGAGCAAUAUUUACGAAGUGAUAUUGGUUGUGGGCUGGAUUCAUGUCGUUGCUGUCAGCCAGUUGAGGGUCAUUCUCUCACUGACCUCAGUGAACGCAUCUCCUCAACGGUGCCCAUAAAUCAUGCGAUCAUCUUGGAUUCCUCAGCAAUUAUCCGUUUUCACCAUCUCUUCGAAAAUUCGGUUUUUUCGUGA